AUGAAGAAGAGGAGGAGUAGAAGGAAGAGGGAUGAGGAGGAGAAAAAGAGGAAAAGGAGGAAGAGAAGGAGGAAAAGGAGAAGAGGAGGAAAAGGAGGAAGAGAAGGAGGAGAAGGAUGUCUAAUUCAAGUAUUGAAACGACAUGGUGGCAAACUCACGACCGAUUAUAGGAUUACAGUGCAACACUUGGAAUGUAAAUGUUCCUGCAAAGUGAAAAAAAGGGACUGUACCAAACAUCAAGUAUAUGAUGGUAAUUUUUGCGAAUGCUAUUGCCCUAAUCGUAAAAAAGAUUGCUCACCAAACAAACACUGGAGUGACAAGAAUUGCUCUUGUGUAUGUAACCAGGACACUGCUUGCUCGACCGGCAUUGAACAGGACCAAACCACAUGCAAAUGUCCUAAACAAAAACACUGAUGAAGGGUAGAAAGGAAUAAUUACAUGGACGGAUCUCUCCAAAACUCUCAAUUAUUUAUCGGCUGAGAAAAUCUUUUUAAUUCUUCAGGAAAUAACAUUUAAUAUUAUCUCACUACUCUUGAGAAUUGUAGUUUUCUUGUAGUAGCUUAUUACUGGAAUUGUCACUACUUGAUUAUCUCAAUAAUCCAAUUUAAAAAUUCACUCUAGGCAAAAUCUCGGAGAAUAAAAAUACAUAUCCAUUUUGGUUGUGGAUUCAAUUAUAAGGAUGUUGGAUUAUGUACAA